AUGAAUAGCAAAUUUGCUGUACUUGAGGCAAGCUUGAAUACCAAAUUGGCUGUACUUGAGGCAAGCUUGAAUACCAAAUUGGCUGUACUUGAGGCAAGAAUUGAUAUGUUAGAUUACAGAUAUUUAUGUCUCUUUAAUUAUCAAAGAAGGAUGGGUGCUCAUGAGGCUAUUAGUGUGCCAUUCUUAGAUAGAGAAAUAAAUCAAGAAGAGUUGCCCCCAAUUUUGUCAGUUGAGAAUAUUAAUAGAUUGACUAAAGAACAAUGUCAAAAUUAUUUAAUGGGAUACAAAGUUCAAUUUCAUCCAAACGAAACAGUCAAGUUGAAGGAAAUGUUGCGUGACGUAGUAGGUUUAAUGGCUAGUCAUGACCUUAAUUAUCAGUUUUCAACCUUUUUCCCAUAA